GUUCUAAGUGUAGUCUGAUAAAGACAACGUUUUGAGUUAAACAAUCAUGGCUUUCAAAUUCGUCGCUUUCGCCACACUCCUAUCCUACGCUAGCGCAGGAGUAAUUCCAGCAGCUCCAGUAGCCUAUGCAGCUGCUCCAACUGCGCAUCUAGCCUACGCAGCUCCCAUAGCCAAAGCCGUAGUUCGUCAAGCCGAAGAAUACGACCCCAAUCCACAAUACAGCUACGGAUACGAUAUCCAAGACGCACUUACUGGAGACGUCAAGAGCCAGAGCGAAAGCAGAAACGGAGAUGUUGUACAAGGCAGCUAUUCUGUUGUUGACCCAGAUGGUAUCAAGAGAACCGUAGAAUACACUGCUGACCCUAUCCAUGGAUUCAACGCAGUAGUCCACCGUGAACCUUUAGCUGUCAAAGCUGUUGCCGCCCCAGCUUAUGCUAAAGUGGCUGCACCAGUCGCUUACAAUGCCUACCACGCGCCUGCUGCCUACGCUCACCCAGUAGCCUACGCUGCUGGUCCAUCUGUAGCUAAAGUGGCCUAUGGUUCUCCUGCAAUCGCUUACCACCACUAGAUAGAUGUACGAG